CUUGCCCCCGUCAUGCCCUCCACUGAAGUUACGAGGAUAAUGAAGCAGGCGAACGUCAGGAAGUCCGGAAGACUUCUUCUUUCCUCUCGCGCUUGCGUCGCGAACCUCCAAAAUAGUCGAUGUCAGAGUACUUCGGCCCCGAACGAAGAGUUGACAAAAGAGCUCAUAGGCGUUUUUAAUAGGACGUUGGAUGCUGCAGCAAAACGAGAGAAUGUGUCUGGGUGGAAGCUGUCUCAGAGCCGUGGAUUAGUAGAGGAGGCGCAGCUUCGCAAAGCUGUCAUGGGUAAACCAAGAGGGGAUUGGAAGCGUACAGAUGGGCAUUUCGCCCAAUCACGAGCUUCGAGUAUUCCAUCGCCUUUUCUGGAAAAUGUGCCAUUGUAUCUCCCCAAUCAGCCCGUAAGUGACGUUCGGGCAGGAUACCUAGCAGAAGCUCAUAGGAAUAAUGGAGGUUAUUAUGGCGUCGUUGUUGGGUUUGAGCAGCGUCGCCGAGAGUUGAAUGUGGUCCUGCUUGGCGCCGACGGAUUGCUGCAUGUAUUAAGGACGACUGAUCUGACAUUCGCAUAUGCAAGAUUCAUUGACCAGGAUCUUGUAAGUCAGACUGGUCUCGAAGACACUCCAGAGAACGAGAUGCAAGCGGCCGCCCGUAUUCGGAUUGUUAAACGAGUGCGAGAAAUAGAGUCUGCGAUCGAACACGCGUCUGGGACUGUCUUGAAGAGGUCCGCCUCCCUCUAUGCCAAAUUCAGGAGCACAAACAAGGAGAAAUGGGGAUCAAUGAGCAUCGAAGAUGCUCUCACCCACGUGUUUGGGCCCAGAAUCUCAAUUCGUGUCCAUCAUGUUUUGGCAUUGCGAGACCACCUCUUAAUGAAUCCAAUCCACUUCCUAAUCGACACCGUGGACACGCUCAACUCAAAAUCCUACUAUCUUCGCCCUUACGCCGAUGUCCAAAAUUUUGAGCAGGUCCAGGAGUGGAUCCGAAACGAUAACCCAAACAUUCGCAGCUUUGUUGAAAAAGCACGAGUGAUAAUUCAGCGUUCUCGCUCCUUAAGAGCCCAAAGGGCCCCUCUAGAAAAAACCCCGGUUGAUGUCGAGGGUUAUUUGGCUUUCACUGAUACGGACAAGCAAAUCAUAAAGUUCUUUCAAAAUUCGAACCGUCGACAGCGAUUUAUCCAGUCUGACCCAUGGGCUCCUAUCAUCCCAACGAUAAUAAAGCGCAUAGGACUAUAUGAAGGUUCUGUUGAUCAGCCCAUGGUCUUUCAUAUGCUCCAGGAACUUGGUGUAUACACACCUUGGGACGCCAUCAUUGCUCACGGUUCCGAUGGUACGGAAAUGAACUUGCGUGGGGUAUCCCUGGGGGAACCGGGGACAAGUCGUAAUGAGAAGGCUGCAGAAAUUCGAGCUCAAGAAUUGCUCCAAUUGUCUGAACCUGCGCGAGCAGGAGGGAACUUCCAACUGUACGAUGGGCUCGAUUCUAUCCGUCACGAUUUUGGCAAUUUACCGGUGUAUGCGGUCGACGAUUAUGAUGCUCAGGAGAUAGAUGAUGGAGUGUCCAUCGAAGAAGUCCCAGGAGAUCCGAAUAAGCACUGGGUCCAUAUCCACAUCGCUGACCCAUCAUCUAUCAUUCACCCCCUGGAUGAUAUUGUGCGGCCAAUCGAACAGGCAGGAAUUUCGACCUAUUUCGUUAACCGCUCCUGGCCGAUGAUACCAUCCUCUAUUUCGCAACAACGAUUUAGCUUGGGCCAACUCGCGAAGGGAUUGCAGCCUCAGCCAGUUCUCACUUUUAGUGCGCUGGUAGAUGGAGAUGGCAACAUCGUAAACCAUCGCGUGACGCCUGGUUGGGUUAGGAACGUUCAGGCGCUACUGUAUGAUGACGUGGACAAUGCCUUGGGGGCAGAGCUAAUACGCCGACACUACCCACUACUCACUCAACCUCCUGAGAUGCUCCGGACCGCCAUUGAUUCCAAACGUAUACCUGAUUUGUCCAAGCUUGCGAAGGUAGCAACAUUGCUCAAACGUCGACGGUUCCGUCAUCCGAUAAUCGCUUUUCCGAGCACCUCUAUUGACAUCGAAUUGAUCUCGGACAAAACACUUCCUAUUAUACCCCCACUUAAGGACCUCACUCAUCCUCAUCUCUUCCGUGGAUAUCCUGACGUCCAAUAUUCAGUAUCAACAUGGACACCGGGAAUGAUCUCUCGGAAUCUAGUAGGGGAGUUCAUGCUUGCCGCUGGAAUUGUGGCAGCCCGAUUUGCCCGCGAUCAUAAUAUCCCUUUGAUUUUCCGAGUGUCCGACCGCCACACUGGGACAGAAGAGGACGAUGCCGAACUUUUCGCUCUCCGAGAUCCUCGAGACUUGACUGUGCCUAUUGUUGAAGUGUUCAAGCGACACGUCAUUUUUGGCACUGCUAUGUAUACCGCGAAUCCUGGUCCACACACGACUAUUGGUAUCGUAGGCAAUGAUUCGUACUCUCGGGUCACGUCUCCUCUUCGACGUUUCACUGAUCUGGUGAAUCACUGGCAGAUCAAAGCUGCACUGCGCAAGACACUGUCCCCCCAAUCAUUGAGUCCGUCUCCAAUUCCGGGCGGCGUAUGGCGCAUGAAAUCGCUGUCGAAGGACACCCUGAUGCGAAUUGGAAGGGAACACGAUGUCCUCGAGCGUGCGACCAAGCGAUCAUCAGAAGCAGAGACUGCCACAUGGGCAAUGCGUGCUCUAGCAAGAGCAUUCGUUGACCCAUCAAUGUCACACGCCCGAGAGGUGUUGUCAGAUUUAGAAGCGAUCGUGAUGAGCGAGCCGACAUGGGAUAUCGAUCGCAGAGAGUUAUACGCUGAUGCAUAUAUCCCUAAGCUGGGUCUCAUUGGCUCAGUGUAUCCUUACCCCUUUCGCCCUCAAGGAGACAUUGGCAAAGCCGUACGUGUACAAUUCAUGCCGGAGGAUUCUAUCAAGUUACUCGCCAUUCCAAAAAUUCGCUUGAAGCUGAAGAACGGGAAUUUUUGACAGUCGCUUAUCGAAUUAAUCUUCAAGCUAGGCAUGACUGAUAUAAAUAGAAUAUAGUGUAUAGAGUUGAAUUAAUAACGUGGAAAACUCCCCCCGCUACUUGGGAAUCAGACUCGCCGACGAUACGAGAUAUCGUCAGGAGUUUCGGGCACGACGAUCAUAGUCUACACCAAUGCGUCUGUCACAUUAUCUUUAUCAAUAGAAAGCAUAACUUACUCUAUAAUUAUGAGGUGGAACGCAAUUGAUCUUGAUCUCGAGCUUCCUAACCAGAUUUGCGAUGACAGUCCCAAGUUGCACAUAUGCAAA